AAACAGGUCGUUAUUUAAAUAUGAAUGACAUACCUUUUCCUUUGAGGAGGUUCAGGUGUGGCAACUUACAAUAAUGCAGUCAGAGGUAAAACUGUCACAGGCCCGUCUACAUAUAGCCUACCCAUUCAGGUUUUAAAAACAGUUUCAGACUGAUGCAAAUGCACAAAAGCCACUCAAUGCUAGAGUCUCACUACAGAUUCUCUGAAGGUGGGUGGGUGGACCAGUUUUACCUGAAACAGCUGAGACAGUACGAAAGUGAAAGAAAAUGAAAACGCUCGGGGAAGUAUUUAAUCUUUUCGUCUGUGUAAUAUUAUCAAGAUUCAAUGCUGUAACUUCUAUCAUCUAUGUUGAGAAUGGGAAGAGUGUGACUUUAAAUCCAAAUGUACAAGGAAAUCCUGAAGACAUUUUGUGGACAUUCAAUGGAAACAAGGUGGCUGAACAUGAUUUGAACGAAUUUCAAGAGUAUGGUCAAUUCAGAGGAAGAUCAGAGAUUCAAAUCACUACUGGGCAGCUCUCUGUUCUUCGCAUGACCAGCCAGGACAGUGGGAUUUAUAGGUCUGCAAUACAGAUCGAUGGAAAGCUGCAAAAUUCUGAAAAUGAAGUUCAAGUGAUUGAUGCUGUGCAGGAGCCUAAUGUGACCUGUAUACUGAACAAUAUUACAGAAUCAAAAACACUAUUCUGCUCAGUUUCAUCUCAGUUCCAAACAACCUUUGAAUGGACUGGAUCAAAUUCGAUACAACACUCUGGGCAAGAACUUCAUAUCAGCAAGGAGGAGAAGCCUGAUUCAGUCUUUACUUGCACUGUGAAAAAUGAAGUUAGCCUAAAGAGCACCAGUUUUGCUUUGAAAGACUGCCUCACAGAUGAGAAUAUCAUUCUACCAGUUAUUUUAGCCAUCAUCGGUGCUAUUAUCGUGGUGAUCACAAUGGCUGUUGCCUUUUACUUCAUUUGCCAAAGACGAAAUAAGGGUAAGACAUAUAGGUGUUCAUAA